AUGCUGAUUCCUCGUCUAGUAUACACAGCUCUUCUCUUUGUUAUUCAGCUGGCUCAAUGCCAAGUCGUCACAUUUAACAGUGGCCCCGUUCUUGCCAGCGCAGAUGGGCCGCCAGUUAAUAUCCUGGUAGCCCCCGUUGAGUACAAGGGGGUUGCUCGCGCUGCGAAUGACCUCGCCCUGGAUUUUGGCCGUGUGGUUGGCGUCAACGGGUCGGUUGAUCGGAAUUCUACCACUCUUUCCGGAGCCAGUCGCACAGGGGUGCCAAUUAUUGUUGGAACAGUCGGUACGGCUCUUAUCGACGAGCUCGUGCAGACCCGGAAACUCGACAUUUCCAGAAUCAAAGGCCAGUGGGAGUCAUAUGUCCAUGCCGUUGUUCGCAAUCCGGUCAAGGGUGUCUCUCGGGCUCUGGUGAUUGCAGGCAGCGACCGACGAGGUACAAUCUAUGGCAUUUACGACAUCUCUGAGAAGAUCGGGGUAUCGCCCUGGUACUGGUGGGCGGAUGUACCCAUCAACACCAAAGAUGCAAUCUACCUGGGCUCUGGAAACCAUGUCCAGGCCUCGCCAUCAGUCAAGUACCGCGGAAUAUUUAUCAACGACGAAUGGGAACUCAUGAAGUGGUCCGAGAACAACUUUCCUAAGAGCAGUACUGGAGGUGUUUUCACAGGCGGCUUUCACGAGCACCUAUUCGAACUACUUCUCCGACUCAAGGCAAACUAUUUCUGGCCUGGGAUGAAAAAGUACAACGCCUUCUACCGCGACGAUCCCGAGAACGGCCCCCUGGCUGAUGAAUACGGCAUUGUCAUGGGCACGAGUCACCACGAGCCAAUGACAAGGGCAUACUACGAACAGCAGAAGUUGAUGACGGGAAACUGGGACUGGAGUACGAAUAAGAACAACGUCGCGCAGUUUAUGGAGGAAGGAGUCGAGCGCUCCAAGGGUUGGGAGACUCUGUAUACCAUGGGCAUGCGAGGGGAUGGAGACCGUGAAUCUCCUACUCUAAACUCUACCCAGCUGGAAGAGAUCAUACAGCGUCAGCAGAAGAUGAUCGUGGAAUAUGUGGAUAAGCCACUUGAGCAGGUCGGCCAGACCUGGUCUCUUUACAAGGAAGUCGGCAAAUACUGGGAAGCAGGAAUGAACGUAUCCGAACUGGUCACUUUGAUGUGGACUGAUGACAACUUUGGCAAUCUUCUUCGUGUACCCACAGCCGAUGAGACUAAACGAACAGGGGGCGCUGGGGUGUACUACCACUUCGGUUAUGUGGGAGCCCCUCGCAGCUACGAGUGGAUCAGCAGUAACCAGCUUGUCAAAGCGUGGGAGCAGAUGCACUUUGCGUACCAGCGCGAAGCACGCGAAAUCUGGAUUGCGAAUAUACAGGAUCUGAAGGGAUGGGAGGUUCCCAUGACCUUUUUCCUAGACAUGGCGUACGACAUGUCGAGCUUCCAGACCGUCGACUCUGCAACAGACUGGCUGAAGCGCUGGGCCAGCCGAGAAUUCGGUGCUGAUGUCGCGCACACUGCCGCAGAAAUAUACAACCUCCACGGCAGACUGGUAAUGCGUCGCAAGUACGAGACUCUAUCCAUGAGUCCAUUCGCGUUCAGCACAGUCAACUACAAUGAAGCAUCCAACAUUCUCAAAGAAUGGGAUGACCUCCUCACCCUAGCUCAGAAAGCAUACGACUCCCUUAGCCAUGAUACACAAGGAAGCUUCUUCGAACUAGUCUUGCACCCCGUGCUCGCAGGGAAAACCGUCAUGGAGCUCUACAUCACAAAGCAUCUUGGUGAUCUAUACAAAACCCAACUGCGGACUAGCACAAACAGUCUGUCCAAGAAGGCUCAGCAAGCAUUCACCAAUGAUGCGGCCAUCACCUCACGCUAUCACGCGCUAUACAACGGCAAAUGGGACCGCGUCAUGUCUGGUCCGCAUAUCGGGUAUACAACCACCAAUUUCCCCUCGCGCAAUACCAUACCUAGCCUCUCCUGGAUCAGGGACAGUGACGUGGGCGAUGUCGGUAUCCUGGGAGUCGCAGUACAAGGACAAGAGUCUGACCCAGCCUCAGCGGGCGAGACCAUAACCCUCCGACCCAUGGACCCCUACAUGCCGCCUGCUGAAUCGCGGUACCUUGACAUCUUCACGCGCAGAAACGGGACGGUUGCAUAUAAACUCGAAACAAACGCCUCCUACGUUUCCAUCGCGAAUCAAACGGGCACGCUCACUGCACCAGGACCGAGCUCUGACGUCCGUGCCGUAAUCACCGUCGACUGGGAUCAAGUGCCAAGGGGCCGAAGCUGGGUAUCGCUGAACCUCACCCAAGAAAGCAACAGCAGCAACUCCACCGAUGAUUCCACCCAACCUACAACAAGCAUAGUCCUCCCCCUGAGCAAAUUCUCCGUCCCGCGCAAAUUCACCGGCCACGUCGAAACCAACAACAUCAUCUCAAUCGAAGCAGAGCACUACACCCGUGCAGAAUCCCGUCGAGGGGUCUCGUACAUCACGCUCCCAUACUACGGCCGCACCCUCUCCGGCGUAAAACUCUGGCCCGUAACAUCCCCCUCGCAGAGCGCACCGGCGGGACCAAAGCUUGUUUACAACUUCUUCUCCACCUCAAACACUCCACGAAACGCAAGUCUCAUCCUCUUCCUUGGCGGUUCACUCGACUUUGAUCCUGAGAGGCCGAUGGAAGUUGCGUUCGCAAUAGGUGACGAUGUGAGCACAAUCCAGACGAAGCGUGUUCUUCCGGAUUAUGAGCCCGGUUCGUUACCGGCGGACUGGGAUACGGCAGUUAUUCGAGGAGGGUGGAACGUUACGGCCGAGAUUGAGGUGGGGCCUGGGGAGCAGAGGUUGAAUUUGUGGUUGCUCGAGCCGGGGGUUGUGCUGCAGAAGAUUGUGCUUGAUUUUGGGGGGUUGGAGGAGAGUGCGUUGGGGCCGCCGGAGAGUAGGUAUAUUAAACCAUAG